AGUAUGCCGCAUAACACAUGGCAAUGUAUUAAUUUUGGCUGAUGACAUGAACGUCUUUGUGUUGCUGCUUCAUUUCCGGUACAGCAGGAACCUCCUAUGUCAUGUCAUCACCUGCAGCAGGAAGGGCUCUCAUUGAUAUUGAUGCGACCUUAGAAAAACACAAGGAUAUCAUGCCGCAACUACUUGCAACUCACACUUUAACAGGCCUUUACACCGUAGCAUUCUACUUUGGUGUUGGCAAACAUACUGGCCUUAGAGUACUGAGGUCAGGAAAAGUACAAAUUGGAGCUGCUUGGAAAUGUGACUUUAGGCUAUGCAUCCUUUGCAGAUAUCCAAGACCAGGCUACCAAAUUCAUCUUAGCAUGUUAUGGACACUCGAAAUGUAUGUCCCUAACAAAGGCUUGGCAAAAAACAUGGAUGCAGAAGGUUGAGCAAACAAAACAAAGGCAACAAGGACUGUAGAGAGCUAUCAGUUCAAUAUUUGGUUCAUCACCUUCUUUGACAUACUUAUUUUCAUAAAAUGUAUGUAUACACUAUCAAUUUCAGCAUUAAGAAGUGUAAAUUCAGUUCAAAGCUUCUAUAAAGGGAGUCCCACUCAUAGAUUUUUAAGAUCCACCACGUUUCAAGAGGAAUAUCAGCUGAAAUAAUGUUCAUCCAGGGGGUUUCUUUGGAGAUAAUGAAAAUGUAUGUUAGUCUUGAUGAAAUAUCCAAACUUAAAUAUAUUAUGACACCUGUCGAUGAUCGUGAAUGGUCCCCCUGCACUUAUUGUUGCA